CCAAGAUGUGCUUUCUCUUGAUCAAUUCUGUUUAACUUGAUAAACAAAGGGGUUUCUUUGGCCGAUAUACUCCCGUCAAAUGGACCGUUUUGAGGAUGUCGAAUUGAAUGACAACUAUGGCUCCGAUAGCAAUAGGGAGUUGGGAGAUAAUUGCACCGCAGCUACUAGCAAUGCCAGAAAUCGGCCAUGUUCAAAUUUACGGCCGGGAUCAAUGGGUUGUCGUCCCGAACGACGGCCGAGUAUACGGCUUAUGCGCCUACCGAAUACUCAACACCUUCUUGUGCAGCCAGUACUGCCAGGUUCUGAUCCGGAUCAUGGCUCCAAUUUGGCAUCCGAACUGCUAGGCGCUAGGCGUCGAAGUAGCUCUGAACCUAGGCGUAUCCCACUAAGCGCGUUGCUUGGUAAACGUCGUGCGUCUUUUGGACGAAGCCCAGCGCCAAUGUUACCAUUAGAUGAAGAAUUGGGGCCCCAAUCUUCCAAAUCAACUCAGAAAGACCAAGUCCUCCAGCCAACAGAGCCACAGGCUGUGAUCCUCAGUCCUAUCGAGAACAGACAAGCCACAAGCAGCUUUAGGCAAGGAAGAAUUAGGAGGAUGAGUAGCGGGGCCCGUUCGAUGCUAGGAUUGAGUCGUGUUGCCACUCACAAUGGAGCUAUUGAAGCUCCAUCUCUUCCUCAGGGAGAGUAUGAAGCGGAUGUGGUGAAUUUGCUGGACGUUGUUGACCCUGAAGUGUCCACCAUCACGACCCUUACCAAUGUUCAAAACUCUCUCUUUGUCCCUGACCUUGGACAUUGGGUAAACCGUCGACCCACUUAUACUGUGAGUCCUGGCCCAACCCGUGGCCAUGUCGAGAUGGAACGACCGGCAGUGCCCCAAAAAAGAAAGGAAGAUAGGGGCGAGCAAAAGCUUGAACGGUCAAGAACAAUGGAUACAAUUACGUCGACACUGAGCGAUUCUCGGUUCGCUGUAUUGCCGGAUGGCGUGUCUUUGGAAGGCUGGAGUGCCGAAGAUAAAAGAGCAUUGGACGACCACGUCCGACAUAUGCUUCACUCGCGAAGAUCUGCCUUCAAACGCGGUUUAAAGGGCUUCAUUAAAUACGUCAAAAAGCCCCUUGGAUUUUUGGUCACUUUGUACGCAACACUCAUUACGCUUUUUGGUCUGGCCUGGGUACUGUUCUUAAUCGGUUGGAUCAAUGUUGGUGGGAAGCAGCUUUACGUCAUUAAUAUCAUCGACUACAUCCUCGUCGCCCUAUUCGCCAUCGUAGGCGAUGGCCUGGCUCCCUUCAGAGCCAUCGACACAUACCACAUGAUCUAUGUCGCUCACUACCACCGCGUUACCUAUAAACUCCGCCGCAAGCAACAGCUUCCUAAACUUCGAAACAAAAACGACCUCCCAGAACGCCGCGAGGAAGAAAUAGACCAACAUGUCGACGUCGAAAAGUCUGGAGAAACCACCAAAGAUUCGGACACGACAGAAUUGUCCGUCCUCACUGCAAGACAACAGGAGCGUCUCACUCACCAUGCGAACAAACUCGCCAAAUCACAUACAUUCUACAAGCCUCACGAAACCACGACCCACCACGCAUUCCCUUUACGUAUGUUGAUUGCAGUCAUUAUCUUGCUAGAUUUCCACUCCUUGUUCCAAAUCGCACUCGGCGCUACAACGUGGGGGAUUGACUACCGCCGUCGCCCCUUUGCGCUCACCACGGUGAUCCUAUGUUGCUCCCUGACUUGUAAUUUUACUGCAGGGUUGUUGAUAUGGAUUGGGGAUCGACGAACAAGAAAGAAAGAUGUUAUUGAGAAGAUGUUUAGGCAGGAGUUGACGGAGCAGGCUAUUUUGAAGUUGCAAAAGAAGAAAAGUAAGAAGAGAGAGGAAGAGAAUGUAAGAGAGGGGAAAAAGCAAGGGGAAGAAGAAGAAGAAGACCAUACAGGGCCCUUAAGUGAGGAGCAUGCGUUGUUAAAGAGAUGAACUUUCAGUCUAAUUCCAAUAUUUUAACUGCUUGGGGGGAGGUUGGUUUUUGACUUUAGAGAUACCAGGUUGGCGCAUCUUCGGCAAGUCCAGGAAAUGAUUUGGCAAAUCAUGUAUAUACAAAUUUUAGAAAAUGCAAUGCCGUCUAUUGACUAUGAAAUCAAAAUCAUAAUAAUCGGUAAUCGCAAACAUAAACUGAUACUCGACCCGAAUCCUUGACGCCAAGCAUCCAAAAUAGGUGCAAACCACGUAGAAGACGAAUGAUUCAUGACGCCUGCUGGGAAUCUCUUGUAAAAAUGACUUUAACACCGACAAAAAAGCUUCCAUCCCUUCAUGCGAGAUCUUUGAAGGAUAAAUCUAUGACCGAAUGUCGCCCGCACAAAAACAAUUCAUUGUAAACCCGCCAACGCCAGUGAAAAACAAAAGGAAACAAAAGAAGAGUCCGCUAUGUGGUCUCAGCAGUAAAUCGAUACCGAGACGUGAAACCAUUUUCUUUCUCGACCUGGAUAUGCUGUUCGGCGGGGAUCAUCUCAUGCUGUAAAUCCCAUCCGGCGCGUCGACAGAGUUCGGCAACAACAACAUCGCUGUCGCCUAACAUAUCGAUGUCAAAGUCUAUAUGAGUAACAGGCUAAUAUCCAGCGCUAGUUAGAAGGCAAAAUGACACGUUCAUAUGGAAGGUUGUCUUGACUUACUGUCCGAGAAAUAAAUAGUUGUGGGACAUCACGUGGCAUAAUCCCGGGCACUUCAGAAACAGGGGCAACCUUCAAUGAUGUCCCGAUAACUAUGACAAGAUCGGCAAUCUCCCGAUCGUGGUCUAUGAGGCGAUCCCUGAAAGCGCCAGGGAGGUCUUCCCC